AUGGAGUGUCGGAGCAGUGGUGGAGGAGGUGCUAGCACAGGGGAGGUGCCUCCGUCCCGAUUCUCCUCCUCUCUCCCCACGUUUCUCCCCGUGUCCUGUCAGCUCCAUGGUGCUGACUCUGCCUUCUUUCUGCGUGAGACCACCCAGGAAAUGAUGCAUAACUCCUCCCUCCACACCCGCAACCAACCCUUUUUCGUUCAUGUCCCCGAGGGCGGGGUUUUGGCCCUCCUGUCUGUCAACUGUAGCUACGGCAACCUGACGGCCGAGGCGGCAGUUCCCAACGACUUCCUUCAGGGGGCGAUACCUCGUGUCCAGAACCCUGCGACCCACGUUACCGUGGGCUGGAAAGUGCGAGCUCAUGUAGUGACUCAGAGGCUGUUCUCAGAUCAGCCCCAGGUUCAGGUGCUCUUCUACCUGGCCGGCCGACGCUGGGAGGACCCCGAGCCCCCCCUGGAUUUGCUCCCCUGCGUCCGGCUGGUGGGUGUUCGGGAUCCAGGGGAAAUAUCGACGUAUGUGUCCGCUUCGUGUAGACUCCAAGGCGGACUAGGUCUCUGUGUAGCCCUGCUUGGGAUCCCGGCCGUUUGGUUCAACCCGAUACCGACGCGGAGGAGAACCCAAGAUCCGCCAAUGCCCAGCGUGGACCUGUAUUUCUCCCUUCUGCCAGCAGAGGGCAGUGUGAGUGAGUGUGCGGUGGCUCAAGGCCAGAGGAGAGUCAUAGGGGACGUUUUGAAGGACAUGCAGAGUUUCGGGUCAGUGGUUCUUAUCGCUGGACAAAGUCAGCCUGCUGAGAACCGUCUAAAACUGGACCAGAAUUUGGAAGUUGUGGUUCCGCCGAGUCCAGUCAAACAGGGGCAAACGGUGGGCUUUCAGAUUCUAAUGAACACACAGGCAACGGUGGAGCAGUUUACACUCAGGGCUUCAUAUGGCGAAGGCAUAAACUUUGUGCUGGUGAAACCCAGUAAUCUGGCAUCAUGGGAAAUCAAACAGGAAGUUGUCCCAGGAACUUCCUCUCUGACCAUGUUCUGUCAGCGCAAAGGCAGUUCAGUGGGAGAAAGGCUGGAAGGCUCCUUUUAUGAAGUGAUGGGGGUGGAUUUUGAAAUCGAUAACUACAUAAAUGUGCAGUCUGUGCAGGCGGUGACAUGGCAGGUGGAGUAUCCGUCCACGGGAGAGCAGAUGGAAAGAGAGAGCGUCAUUUACAUCAGUCAGAGAGAGAUCCAGGGCAUCGUACCUCUCGCUGAGGACACGGAAGUCUUGAACACAGCUAUUCUGACCGGUCGGCGUGUAUCUGUGCCCGUGAAGGUCGUGAGCGUGGAACAGGACGGAACUGUACGUGAAGUCGAUGACCCUGUGACCUGCCAGUCCACCGAUGAAGAUGUCCUAAAGGUGUCUGGGGCCUGUGAUGCAGUGUUGGUUAAUGGGAAGGAGAUGAGAGGUCGUCAGUCAGUGAAGGUUACAUUUAGGCACCUGUAUUUGACCUCUGACCUGGAGCUGACUGUUUGGGUGCCACGGUUACCAUUGCAGAUUGACGUGUCAGAUGCUGAACUGAGCCAGGUCAAAGGUUGGAGGGUCCCUAUCCUCCCAAACAAGAGGCCUACACGUGACAGUGAGGAUGAUGAGGAUGAUGAGAGGAAGGGGAAAGGCUGUACUCUGCAGUACCAGUACGCUUCAGUCCGGGUUCUGACCCAUUUCGUGGCCGAGCCGACCGACCCGGGCGGGGAUCUGGUCUAUAUGCUGGGUCCAGACUGGCAGGCCGACAUCACUGAUCUGGUUCUGGACUUUCUGAAGGUGGAGGACCCCAGAAUCGCCCGUCUACAGGAGGGCAGGGUUCUGGUGGGUCGAGACCUGGGCAUCACUACCAUUCAGGUACUGUCCCCUCUCUCGGACUCCAUCCUGGCCGAGAAGACCAUCACAGUCUUGGACGACAAGGUCACGAUCUCUGACCUCGGGGUUCAGCUGGUCGCCUCGUUGUCCCUGUCGCUACAACCGAGCCCCAGCGACAGCCGAGCCAUCUACAUCACCUCCACCGCCAACGAGCUGUUCCACACCCCCAAGCAGGAAGCAGCCAUCAGUGUCUGGAUCCAGUACAGUGACGGUUCUGUGACUCCACUCGAUAUCUAUGAUCCCAAGGACUUCACGCUGACCGCGACCUCGUUGGAUGAAGCGGUGGUCUCUACCUAUCAGGAGACGCCUCAACGCUGGCCCGUGGUGGUGGCUGAGGGAGAAGGUCAAGGGUCACUGGUCCGGGUGGAGAUGGUCAUCUCAGAGACGUGUCAGAAAUCCAAGAGGAAGAGCGUGCUGGCCAUGGGCGUGGGGAGCGUGCAGGUGAAAUUCGGGCAGAACGACGUCGAGCAGAAGGGCAAAGGUCAAACCGAGGAACCGAACGGUGACCCGGAGGAUAACAGCACCAGCGAGCAGCGUCAAAAGGUUUCGCAGACGGACAAGUCCGGGCCCGACAGCUGGAAGCUCAACAGCGCCGGGUCAGACCGGGAAGAAGGCGCCUUGAGGAAGGUAAGCACCACCACCAAGUCCUCCGUCACCCACCGCAUCGGUGGAGGCAACAGCAAGCAGAGUCCUGGUGGAGGCCCAAACAAAGCCACGGACUUUACGAGUUACCCUGCCCAAGUGGAUCUCCCAAGAGGUGCGGAGAGCGACCUGACCCAAAGUCCACGGGGUCUUUCGGACCUCGAAAUUGGAAUGUACGCCCUCUUGGGAGUCUUCUGCCUCGCUAUCCUGGUGUUUCUCAUCAACUGUGUGAGUUUCGCUUUCCGUUACCGGCACAAACAGCUCCCGGUGCUGGAGCAGGGCAAUAUGAACCACGCCCACGACUGGGUGUGGUUAGGCAACGAGGCCGACCUCCUGGACCACCACGGCAACCAUGGUGGGCUCCCGCAGCCGGAGGAGUGCACCACAGCGAUCGACCGCAGCGAGAGCUGCGAGGAGAGUAAGUACCUGCUCAACGGCAACGGUUCCAGCUCCGCCCACGUCCCCGGCCUGCCCCGGACCCUGUCGUCCGACCCGCGAGCUUGCCCGGGCCAAGACCCUUCCGGAAAGUCGGAGCCGCUCAACAACUCUCCCAGCGCGGUCAAACGCAAACGGGUCAAGUUCACGUCCUUCGCCACGGUUUUGCCUGACGAAGGCGGCGGGCCGUACACCAACUCGAUCCUCGUCGGCAACGAGGACGACAUCAAGUGGGUGUGUCAGGACAUGGACUUGGGCCAGUCGGCCGAGCUCAGAACGUAUAUGGAGAGACUGCAAGACAAUCUGUGA